UAAGCUUAUUAGUAGUAUCAAUCAGCAGUUUCGAAAAUGUGUUAUAUCAGAUAAUAAUAUCAAUGUUGAGAAUAUAAAAAUGGACAUUGAUACCACUGAAAAUAUAAAAACGGAUAUUGAUACUACUGAAAAUAUAAAAAUUGAUCUUGAUUCUAAAAAGAGAAAAUUGGAUAUUGAUUUUGAAAAUAUAAAAAUUGAUAUUGAUUCUAAGAAGAAUAAAAUGGAUUUUAUAGUG